CGUAGGUUCUUCUUUCGCACAACAGUUGAUGUCGCGGCUCUUGUCAGUGGCUGUUUAUUGAUAAAUUAUCCAAAGAGAUUUUUCUUUGACCUGUGAGAACGAUCCUGAGUCGAAGCCCACGGCUGCAGCCGAUCAUCUGGAGAGCAUUUGCGAACGCUUGGAAUCGCUAGUGGACCGCUUAGAACGAACGCUCAUCAUACCGCAGUCGCUGCCAGAGCCAGAGCCAGAUCCACCGAAGCCGGAGGUCGAACAAAUUGAAGCAGAGCCACAACAGGAGUCGCCAAUAGUUGAGCAAUCCCUGCAUAUUGAAGUGCAAACAUCAACAAACAACAUGAGUGUUAACGGCUAUCAGGAUAUCAUUGCCGGACCGCUGAGCCAAUAUCUGGCGCUGUCUGCCAAGAUUGGAGGCGAUGUGGCCCAGCACGCCCAGUUCGUCAAGUUGGCCUUCGACGCCCAACUGCAAUAUGUGACGCUGGCCACCCAAAUAGCACAGCCGCCACAGCCUAAGCAGAUGGAGUUGCUGAAACCAACGUCGACGCAGAUAAGCGCGAUACAAGACUUCCGUGAGAAACAACGCGCCUCUCCCUUCUUCAAUCAUCUGUCGGCAAUAAGUGAGAGUAUUCCAGCACUGGGCUGGGUGUGCGUCUCGCCCACACCAGGUCCACAUGUGAAGGAAAUGAACGAUGCCGGCCAAUUCUAUACGAAUCGCGUUCUGAAGGAAUGGAAGGAGAAGGAUGCCAAGCAUGUGGAAUGGGCACGCGCCUGGGUACAAACACUUACCGAGCUGCAGGCUUACAUCAAACAGUAUCAUACCACGGGUCUGGUGUGGUCCGGCAAGGGGGCUGCUCCUGCUGGCGGUGCCCCACCACCACCACCACCCGGCGGCUUACCUCCACCACCGCCACCAUUAGACUUGGACGCACUUAAGCUCGACAGCAGCGGCGAUGACCGCAGCGCACUCUUUGCGCAGAUCAACCAGGGAGCAGCCAUAACCCAGAAUUUGAAAAAAGUGACGGCUGAUAUGCAGACCCAUAAGAAUCCCACGUUGCGUACUGGCCCGGCACCUUUCAAGACCCCUGCCCAGCACGGCAAUGCAGGCGGAGGACCCGCCGCUCCGGUUGUCAAAGAUCCUGUUUUCACGCGCGACGGCAAGAAGUGGCUGAUCGAGUAUCAGAAGAAAAACACCGGCUUACUUGUAGAGAAUGCCGAAAUGAACAAUGUGGUCUAUAUGUUCAAAUGCGAAGGGUCCACGUUGACAGUAAAGGGCAAGGUGAACAACAUUGUGCUGGACUCGUGCAAGAAGUGUUCGCUCCUUUUCGAUUCGGUCGUGGCCUCCGUUGAAUUUGUGAACUGCCAGAGCGUCCAGAUGCAGGUGUUGGGCAAUGUGCCAACGGUUUCCAUUGACAAGACAGACGGCUGCCAAAUGUAUCUGUCGAAAGACUCCCUGGGUGUUGAGAUUGUCAGCUCUAAGUCUUCCGAGAUGAAUAUAUUGUUGCCUCAAGCCAAUGGCGACUAUACCGAGCUGGCUUUGCCGGAGCAGUACAAGACUACCAUUGCCGGCAAGACCCUCAAGACUGUGUGCGUGGACAGCCUUGGCUAAAAGGUGCGCCCAAAGUAGCUUUUGUGCAGUGAAAUGGAAACUGCAGACAUUUUGAUAUCACAUAUAUUGGCUAACCAGCUAAAUAAUUAAUCUUAAGUGCAAAGUUCAUAUGCAAAGGGUUAAUUUAAUGUAUUGUGUAUUUAUGACAUUUUAAGAUAAUUUUGUUCGUGCUUUGUUCUCUUUCCUCCGUAUUAAUUCACGUGUUUAGCCAAGAUUUAGAAUGACUGCGGUUUUAAUUUCGAAAAUUGUUUAAAAAAAAGCUAGCUAAAAAGUAUUUAUUUUGAUUUCAAUGCAAAAGCAACGAUCCGAACUAAAUGUAUUUCAAUUAAAUAUAAUAUAUUGGGUAAAU